GCGAAUAUUAUGCACACAAAGCCAUUCUCGCGGCCCGAUCUCCAGUCUUCGCCGCUAUGUUUGAACACGAGAUGGAGGAGAAGAAGCAGAACAAAGUGGAGAUCACAGACAUGGACCACGAAGUGCUGAGAGAAAUGCUGCGAUUCAUAUACACCGGCAAAGCGACCAAUUUAGAGAAAAUGGACGCCGACUUACUGGCGGCCGCCGACAAAUACGAUUUGGAACGACUGAAAGUGAUGUGCGAAGAGUCUCUCUGUUCCAACUUAUCGGUGGAGACGGCGGCAGAGGUGCUGAUACUGGCAGACAUGCAUAGCGCCAACCAAUUGAAAGCACACGCCAUUGAAUACAUCAAUACACACGCCACAGACAUAAUGGAAACCCAGGGCUGGAAGACAAUGAUCAACAGACAGCCCCAUCUCAUAGCAGAAGCGUUUAGAGCG